GUUCACGACACCAUUACCAGGAUAUCAGCCAGUAGUAUCGCCAACAAACCCGCAAAAACGUCUUCCUGCUUUUCUUUUCUUUUUUACUGAUCCGUCUAUUCCAUCAAGUGAAUCAUAGAGGAGAAAACAUGCCCGCGCCCAUCGAUAAGUCGAAGCAGGUGGCGGACUCCAUCGAGCAGCUGAUCGGUCAGACGCCGGCUCUGUACCUGAACAAGCUGAACCACACCAAGGCGAAGAUUGUGCUGAAGAUGGAGUGCGAGAACCCGAUGGCAUCCGUGAAGGACCGCCUCGGUCUCGCCAUCUACGAGAAGGCGGAGCAGGAGGGCAAGCUGGUACCCGGCAAGUCGGUCGUGGUCGAGGCCACCAGUGGUAACACAGGCGUGGCCCUCGCCCAUCUCGGUGCGCCCCGCGGCUACAAGGUGAUCAUCACGAUGCCGGAAUCGAUGUCGCUCGAGCGCCGCUGCUUGCUGCGCAUCUUCGGUGCCGAACUCGUCCUCACUCCUGCCGCACUGGGAAUGAAGGGUGCUGUGGCCAUGGCGAAGAAGAUCUGCGCGGCCAACCCAAACGCGGUGCUGGCGGAUCAGUUUAACACCAAGUACAACGCCCUCAUCCACGAGGAGACGACCGGGCCGGAGAUUUGGGAGCAGAUGCACCACAAGGUAGACUGCUUCAUUGCCAGCGUGGGUACGGGCGGCACGCUGACGGGUGUGGCGCGGGCUCUGAAGAAGUUCGGCAGCCACACCCGCAUCGUUGCCGUCGAGCCGGCAGAGUCGCCGGUGCUUUCGGGUGGUAAGCCGGGCCCCCACAAGAUUCAGGGCAUCGGCCCGGGCUUCGUGCCGGAAGUGCUGGACCGCAGCCUCGUGGACGAGGUCUUCUGCGUGAAGGGCGACGACGCGAUUGAGACGUCGCUGAAGCUGACCCGCAGCGAUGGUGUCUUCUGCGGGUUCUCCGGUGGUGCAAACGUGUACGCCGCGCUCAAGAUCGGCGAGCGUCCGGAGAUGGAGGGCAAAACCAUCGUGACGAUCAUCCCGUCCUUUGGCGAGCGCUACCUCUCCACCGCGCUGUAUAAGAGCAUCCGCGACGAGGUGUCGUCCUUGCCGGUGGUGGACGCCUCGGAGCUGCAGGACUGA